AUAGUAAAAGCGAAUGUGUACCAUAACCUAUCGCGUUGUUUCUCUUGGUGCGUUGUAAAUAGUUGUUCCACUAAUUAAUAUUUCAUGUGUUUCUGUGCACAUUUCAUAACCUUGUGAGAAAGUAGAAACGAAUCUUGAAAAAUGGAUGAAACAAGCGAACCUAUGGACGUGGAAGUAGAUCCAGUCACAGAUGACAGUAAAAUUGUUGAUCCUGUUGAAACUGAUGUAAAACCGUUUAUAUUAAACGAUGUGCAAGUACCGGAGGUACAUGUGGACAGCCGUUAUGAAAAUCGUGGUGGUAUGUUUACAACAGGCAUAGAUAUAUUUAGUAAAGAAGAAAAAUUGAAAAUGGAAGAGAGAGCCAAACGUUUUGGAUUAACGGAUAAGAUAAAACCCAGCCUGUCGAAUCAAGAGCAAGACUUAUAUUCUAGUAUGGGCAUUGUAGAAGAUAAUGAAAAUACGAAAAAUAUCAGACUGAACGUGAUACACAUGAGGGGCACAGAAGAAAUGAGUACUAAAGAUGUAUUCAAGUAUUUUGAGGAUUAUGCUCCAGCAUCCAUUGAAUGGAUCAAUGAUGUGUCAUGUAAUGUGGUAUGGUUAGAUAAUGUGUCUGCAGCCAGAGCUAUGUUAGGACUAUCCAAAAGAAUUGUGGGUUUAGAGAAGCCAGAUCAAAAAAAUUCAAAAAUAUUUGAUAGCAAUCCAACUGAAGAGAAUAAUGUAACCAAUAAUGAGUGUACCAUAGAAAUGAAUGAUGAUGAAGCUGUAAAUGAAACAAAAGAUACAGGAGACCACAUAAAUAUCAAAGAUAUCAAUUGUCCAUUGCCUCCUGGUUUGUGGAGAAAAGGAGUGGACUACCCCAAGUCUAAAGCAAUAUUUCUCAGGUUUGCUACUAGAGCCGAUAAAAAGCAACCAAAUGCUGAAAAAAUGAGUGAAUAUUAUAAAAAAUAUGGCAACCCUAAUUUCGGAGGUAUCAAAGGAAUUUUAACUGAAUCCCGUAAGCGAAUGUACAAACAAAUUAAGCAGAAUAAAAGAAAGUUUAGAGAUGAUGGAGAAGAAAAUGCUAAAGAUAACAAACGCGUAAAAAAUCCAUGGGGUGCGCUGUCCGAAAGUUGGGGACUAAACGACGCUAUGGAAAACGAUUUUGUUACGAAGAAUGAACCUAAAGAACAGGGUCGUAGUGUAAAAGAAAGGUUAGGCGUAAAGCAACCUCCGAAAGAUGUAACGCAGGCCGAGGAGCAGAGCAGUUCAAGUAAUGAAAGCGAAGAUGAUUGGUGUAAGAGGAGUAAAGUAUUACGGAUGCGAAUGCAUGCAGAUGACGAAGAAGAAAAAAUACAUAAACGACGAGCAAAACUUAGACAGCAAACAAUGUUAAACAAUUUAAACAAGGAUAAUGAUUUACGAUCGAGGCUCGGUAGGUCGAGAAAAGGAAUGCAAUUCCGUGAUGCAAUUCAAGUGGUUGUAACGAAUACAAAUGCGGCAAAGUCUAAUCCGUUAAAACUGAAUGAGUCAGAGGAAGAAGAUGGUGAAAUUAUAGAAGAUAAUGAAAGUCAAGAAAAAGAAGAAGGUGAAUGGCAAGCAUCAGAUGAAGAAGAGCAAGAAGAAGAAGAGGAAGAUGAUGAAAAUGAAGACUACAGCGACGAUGAUAGCGAUAGACCUGCGAAAGAAGUACAAGGGCCUAAAGGCAGUGUAAUAAAAGUAGUGCAACACAAACCCCGCGUUGCUUCGACGGUAUGGGCGAGAUUGAAUCAUGUAAAAAGCGAAGUCAUCGAUAACUCUGUAAAAGACAGGCAACCAAAAGUACGAGAUCUAAGGAGUACUUUAAAAGGCGGUGAUCUUCGAUCUCGCAUCGGUAACCACACGAGAGGACGUUCUCCAUUAAGGAUAGAAGUGAAAAAUGAUAAAUAUACAGAGGAAGGAAGUGAAACGGAAUAAUUGUUAAUUAAUUGAAAGAAUUAUCAUGAAAGUGUGAGAUUGGUUGUGGUGUUUCUGUGGAGGAAUGCAACAUGGUGAAAACUAUAAUUGGUGUAUAAAAAUAUAGAAAAUGCACUCAUUACUCCGAAUCUGCUACGACUUCAGUCGUACACUUUCGUACACUUUUACUAAAGUAACACAUUGCAUGAUUUGUUUUAAAACUACAUGAGGAUAUUAUCUUGCGGAUGUAUUUACUCGUGUUAUUCGAUACGUGCGACAAAAUCUUGUUCGUUUAUUAUUGAGUUCUAAACUAUGAAAUUUGUAAUGUUACGAGGUUUAAUUUCAGUUGGUUAUUUAUGACAGAAAUGGUUCGCUUUGUCAAAUGAAUUGCUUGCUCGAGAAUGUAAGGAUUAAACAUUUUGUUUUUGGUUCAUAAUUUUUAUACACACUGACUUUUUGAUAUUUAAGAUAGGAGUAUCUUUUAUAUAAUGAUAAUAUAUUUUGUAUAUUUUCCUGUCUUUAAAACGGGUAAUGAGUGCUUCCUGAAAUGUACAUAGAUAUUACCUAACAUAAAUGAUCAUAAAAGAAGGUCUCGAAGUACUGAGAAACGAUAUAUUUUUAAAUAUUCGUUUGUCUGAUCGAUAAUAUUUUACGAUGAAUUAUGCGUUUUUAAUAAUUACAUUAUUGCAAUAUAAUCAAAUCAAAUCAUGUUCUAGAAAAAGGUAUUUUCAGAUAUUUUGUAACAACGGAACUGAUACGCUGUCAUACGAUAAAAAUAUUUGCAAAUGAAUAUUUCAUUCAUUAUGCAUCGAAAUCGUGAUAAUGAUUUACACAAAUUUUUUCUCUUUAAUUUUCAAUAAUAAAAUUAGUAAAAAACAGAAAAGCACUUGAUAAUGCUCAAUAUGAUUGUAAAUAAAAAUAAAAUUAUGCGAGUAAUUGAUAGUAAUACGUACAAAGCAUUUAGGAUAUAUUUUCCUUACGUAUUUUGCAAAUAAUGAAAUGUUUCGUAAUCUGUAAUUUCUCAGAAUUGUACAUUAAAGAAACCAACAAAAAACGCGAUGUAAUAACGAUGGUUAAACCAGUUUUCUUCGAAUACAAAACAAAGACUUUUCUGUGUGCAAUUUUUCACGUAUCAAAUAAGAGGAUAAAGUAACAAAACGAGAAUAGAAUUAGAUACAACAGUGGGAAGUAAGGAUAAGAAUAAUUGUGACAUCGAUUCCGAAUAAUUGACCAAUAAAGCCGCUUUUAUAUUAGCACAAUAA